AUGACUACACCCAGUGCACAGCCAGCAUCAGCAGCUCUGCCGAUAGCUUCACCAGUGCUACAGCCAGCAUCAACUGAUGGCCAACAGAUCGAUUGGGCAUCCAAAAUUGCUGAGGUGACGAGGGAUCAGUUUGGCUUGAAGCCAAAGCAGCAAAAUCUGAUGUACAGAACUCCAUAUCCAGUUGCGUAUGAUCAACUGACGUUGCCCCACAAGUACAAGCUUCCAGAUUUCACCAAGUUUUCUGGAUAUGGAGAGGUCUCCACAGUGGAACACAUCAACAGAUUCAUCAUGCAGUGUGGAGAAGCAGCUCAGAACGACGCAUUGAAAGUGCAUUUGUUCUCAAUGUCUCUCUCUGGAUCGGCCUUUACAUGGUUCACGACGUUGCCAGCCAACUCCAUAAUAUUCUGGGCCGAUCUAGAGAAGCAGUUCUACCAGUUCUUCUACUCUGGCAUAGAAGAGAUGAAGCUGACCGAUUUGACCAACUUGAGACAGAGAAAUGAUGAAUCGGUCGCUGCCUUCAUUCAGAGGUUCAGGGAUGUUAAGAACCGGUGCUUCAGUCUGGUUCUGUCUGAUCAGCAGCUUGCAGAGGUUGCUUUCCAAGGACUCUUGCCGCACAUCAAGAAGAAGUACGCCUCCCAAGAGUUCUACAGCAUCAGUCAGAUGGCUCACAGGAUGACGGGGGAUAUCAAAUCGUAUGAGCAGAAGAUGAGCAACUUUCAGAAGAAAGUCAAUUUUGUUGACUGUUCAGAUGCCUCUGAUUCGGAUGAUGACCAGAUGGUGGGAUCGGCUGAGUGGGUUCAGAGCAACAAGAAGCCGAUCUCAUGUCCGUUUGGUAACAAGGAACCCGAAAAAUAUGGGUUUGAUAUUACAAAGGCAGACAAAAUCUUUGAUCUGUUGCUGUUAGAGGGUCAGAUUAAGCUGAAGUCGUAUCUCAAGAUCCCGACAGAUCAAGAGUUGAAGAAUAUCAAGUACUGCAAGUGGCACAAUGCGACAUCUCGUGAUACAAAUGAAUGCAAAGUGUUUCGUCAGCAGAUACAAUCGGCUAUAGAGUAG